UUCCUUCCGUCCUCCAUGCCGAUUUACGGUCUUUGGGUAAUAAACAAGGCUGGAGGACUAGUAUACCAGCGAAACUUUGCCGAUGGAUUGGCGCAACUCACGUCCAAUGAAUAUCUCGUUCUGGCUGGUACUCUCCACGGAAUACAUGCCAUCACAAGCCGGCUUUCGCCCAUAGGCUCCAGCUCUGGUGCUCAAGUUAUCGAGGGCGAAACAUUCAAGAUGACCAUUCUCCUCACCGCAACGGCCACUAAAUUCGUCCUUCUUACCUCUCUCAGCGAGACUACCGCCGAUGCUGUCUUACAGAAAGUAUAUGAAAUCUAUUCUGACGCGGUCAUGAAGAACCCAUUCCACACUCCUGAAAUGCCGAUUCGUAGCGAAGGAUUCGACACGCGAAUAACUGCACUCAUUGGGAACGGCUCAUAG